AUGGCAUCUCAAGGCAUCCAGAUCCUGGGCAUCAUGCUUGCCAUGAUAGGCUGGCUGGGGACCAUUAUCACCUGUGGCAUGCCAAUGUGGAGGGUCACAGCCUUUGUUGGAGUGAACAUCGUCACGGCACAAAUCAUCUGGGAAGGUCUAUGGAUGAGCUGUGUGGUUCAGAGCACCGGACAGAUGCAGUGUAAAGUCUACGACUCCAUGUUGGCUCUAUCGCAAAACCUGCAGGCUUCCAGAGCCAUGGUUAUCAUCUCCAUCAUGGUGGGCAUCUUUGGAUUCCUGAUGGCCAUGGUUGGAGGAAAGUGCACCAACUGCUUGGAGGAUGAAGCAGCCAAAGCCAGAGCGUGCAUCGUUUCAGGGGUGGUUUUAAUCAUCGCUGGCUUUCUGGUCCUGAUACCCGUGUGCUGGUCUGCACACACUCUUAUCAGGGACUUCUACAACCCUUUAGUAACAGCAGCCCAGCGGCGAGAGCUGGGAGCCUGUCUUUAUAUAGGCUGGGGAUCUGGAGGCCUCUUGUUGCUGGGUGGUGGGCUUCUUUGUUGGAACUGCCCGUCCAAUGACAAUAGGCCCUACGUGGCAGCCAAAUACAGCCCUGCCAGAUCUGUUACCCCAGCAAUGGAUUACGUGUGA